AUGAAAAAAUUUAUCCUCGGAGCUUUUGUUUUAAUCUGUGUCAUUCACGCUACAUUGAGUGUAGGGUGUCCUAAUGGAUGUAAGGCAGAUGAAUGCUGUGUAGGUUUUUAUGCUCCAAUCCUCAGUAAACGACAAAUGAAGAUUUCAGAUCUCAUAAGCCCAAUUCAUAGUAAUUUGAAGCUCCAUAUGUGUAGUAAAAUGAAGCGUCAAGGUGAGAGAUGUCUGGUACACAAUAGAUCAGGAGAAUGGUGUGAUUGUGAAGCAGGCACUACAUGUGUCGCUCGUGGAAAAUCUGGUUUAGAUAGAUUAUUUGGUAGUUGUAACAAGGCUUAA